GCAAUGAGCCAGAGGAAAGGCAGAGAAUAGACAUGACUGUGCUCCAAAGCUUCUCCCGUGAUCUGUGGCUUUUUCUAGACUCUGGUUCAAGGGGAAAUACUGGCAAAGAAUACCUAAGGAGAAGACAUCUGAUAUCAGGUCAUGAGCAAGGAUUAUUAGAUGGGAAGAUCAAGAAAAUUCCGUAGGCAUAGUAAACCUGAAUUUCAACAUGGCAUUUGAUAAAGUCUUUCAUGAUACCUUUGUGGACAGGAUGGAAAAGUGUGGGGUAAAUUAUCGUAUAGUCUGGUGGAUAUGGAAUUGGUUCAGUGACUGGACUCAAAGAAUGAGUUGAGGGAGAAAGAAUGGACAUGGGUCUUGGUCAUGCAAUGGAUGACAGCAGACUUCCUCUGGUUAUCCCAACAGUCCUGGUGCCACUUCAGAACAACAGCCAGCCCAAGACAUCGACGCCUCUGAUAGGUCGUGAUAUGACAGAAUUAUACAAAGAACACAAACUGGAAAGAAAUGACACCAAUUUAGCAUAUGAACCGAUGCCAGGAGAAAUCGCCACAGUCAGCGUGAUUUUUGGGAUUCUGUGGUUGUUUUCUGUCUUUGGAAAUGCCCUGGUUUGCUUGGUCAUCCACAGGAGCAGGAGGACUCAGUCCACCACCAACUACUUCGUGGUUUCAUUAGCAUGUGCUGACCUCCUCAUCAGUGUGACCAGUGCUCCUUUUGUCCUACUGCAGUUUACAUCUGGUAGAUGGACCCUGGGUAAUGUCAUGUGUAAACUAGUAAGAUACUUUCAACACCUCACACCAGGGGUACAGAUCUACGUGCUCCUUUCCAUCUGUGUAGACCGGUUCUAUACCAUAGUCUACCCUCUGAGCUUCAAGGUGUCCAGAGAAAAAGCCAAGAAAAUGAUUGCAGCAUCUUGGAUCUUUAACGCUGCCUUUAUGUCCCCUAUAUUCUUUUUCUAUGGCUCCAGUUGGGAUCAUCAUUGUAAUUUUUUCCUCCCAUAUUCUUGGGAUGGGACUGUCUAUAGUAUUAUUCAUUUUCUGAUGGGUUUUGUGAUUCCAUCAUUCUUCAUCAUCAUAUUCUACCAGAAGGUCAUCAAAUAUAUUUGGAGGAUAGGCAUUGACAGUCGAACAGUGAAGAGGACGAUGAACAUUGUUCCAAGGACAAAAGUAAAAACUAUCAAAAUGUUCCUGAUGUUGAACCUAAUAUUUUUGCUCUCCUGGCUUCCUUUUCAUGUGAUCCAGCUAUGGCAUCCCCAUGAAAGAGACUAUAGGAAAAGUUCCUUGGUUUUCACAGUGAUCACUUGGAUAUCAUUCAGCUCUUCAGCCUCCAAGCCUACCUUAUAUUCCAUUUAUAAUGCCAACUUCAGGAGAGGGAUGAAGGAGACUUUUUGUAUGUCCUCAAUGAAAUGCUACCGAAGCAAUGCCUAUACUAUCACAACCAGUUCGAGGGUGGCCAAAAAAAAUUAUGUUGGCAUUUCAGAUAUCCCUGUCACAGCCAAAACUGUAACCAAAGACUCAAUAUAUGACUCAUUUGACAGGGAAGCCAAGGGAAAAAAGCUUGCUUGGCCCAUUAAUUCAAAUCCACCAAAUACUUUUGUCUAAUUCCUCUCUAUUCUUUUGAUAACUAUUAUGCACCAAAUAGACUAAAAAGCUUUAAAACUUCAGGAAUGGAUGGAUAUUUACUUUUUUGCAUACAAAUUUUAGGGGGGAAGGCUUUAUUUUGUUAAGAUGUAUUGAUUUAAUUGUAAUAUGGCAUUUUUUAAUAAUUUUAGUUACUUCCUAGUUUUUUGAGGUUCAUUUACCUU